AACACUCAACGUGCAUAAAUGGAAGAUGGGAUCCUGAACUAACCUGCACAGAAGUACAAAUGCAGUCAUGCCCACCUCCACCUCAGAUUCCCAAUGCUCACAAUAUGGCAACGACGGUAAAUUAUCAGGAUGGAGAAAAAGUAUCUGUUGUCUGUCAAGACAAUUAUAUAAUUCAGGAUGCAGAGGAAAUCGUGUGCAAGGAUGGAAGAUGGCAGUCAAUACCACACUGCGUUGAAAAAAGCCCAUGUCCUCAACCACCUCAGAUAGAACAUGGAACCAUUAAAUCAUCUCAAUUUUCAGAAGAGAUGGACGAAACAUUGAAACCUGAGGUUUAUGUACAUGGCACCAAAUUAAAUUACACUUGCGAGGAUGGUUUCAGGAUAUCUGGAAAAGAUGAGAUAACGUGCCACAUGGGAAAAUGGAGUUCUCCACCUCGGUGUGUAGGUGAGGACAGUAUGCAAACCACAAUUCUAU